GCGAACCGUAGGGAACCCACUUUGCAAAAGUCAAGCUCCGAAUAACCGAACCAAAUCGCUGAAAAGAAAUACAACACUGAACGGCCCACGGAACUGAACCUCCUCUCCAAUCUUUCUCUACCUCUUCCACACCCCCCAAUAUGGCGAUUUCGACGCUCCAAAAACUCACCUCCCAAAUCCACCGUCUCCCAUCUCUCUCCUCCCAAAUCCUCACCCGAUCCUCCGCCACCUUAACCUCCUCCCCCUCCUCUUCCAAAAAAGUUGCUGAUCGGCUCGUCAAGCUCUUCGCUAUCGACCCUGAAGGCCAGAAGCGUGAGGUUGUCGGCCUCGCUGGCCAGACCUUACUUCGUGCCUUGACUAACAGCGGCCUGAUCGACCCCGACUCUCACCGCCUCGAGGAGAUCGACGCUUGCUCCGCCGAAUGCGAGGUCAACAUUGCCCAGGAGUGGCUCGAGAAGCUUCCGCCGCGUACCUAUGAUGAGGAGUAUGUGUUGGUGAGGAAUUCGAGGGGUCGCAUCUUGAACAAGCAUUCCAGGCUUGGAUGUCAGGUCGUGCUUACGCCUCAGCUCCAAGGUAUGGUCGUCGCCGUCCCCGAGGCUAAGCCGUGGGAUAUUCCAUAAAUAUUUGUAGGGGAAAAAGAGAUGAAUGUGGGAACAUUUAGUGCAUUUCUGUUGUUUUCCUGGAAGUAAUAAUAAUUUUGUUACUUUGAAUGAAACGAAUUUUAUUUAUGAUUUUUAUGCAUUGCUGCCCCAUGUGAUUUGGGUGCUUGGAAUUUAAAUGCAAGAUAUUCUACAGUUUUUUUAUGCUAUUUUGCGAUUUCUUCA